CAUCAGCAGGCGCCUCCGCCUCCCCGGUUCUUCAGGCGUGUGGGUUCCGCGCUACAGCUCUCUUCCCUAGUCCUAACCCUGGCACCACAGUCGCGCCAGUUCGGAGACCUGCAAGCAGUAGACUUGGCGACAUGUCGAUGCUGGCCGAGCGUCGACGAAAGCAAAAGUGGGCUGUGGAUCCAAGAAACACUGCAUGGAGUAAUGACGAUUCCAAGUUUGGCCAGAGGAUGCUAGAGAAGAUGGGGUGGUCUAAAGGAAAGGGCUUGGGGGCUCAGGAGCAAGGAGCUACAGAGCAUAUUAGAGUUCAAGUUAAAAAUAACCACCUGGGACUUGGAGCCACCAUCAAUAAUGAAGACAACUGGAUUGCUCAUCAGGAUGAUUUUAACCAGCUUCUGGCUGAACUGAACACUUGCCAUGGGCAGGAAGCCACAGAUUCUCCAGACAACAAGGAAAAGAAAUCUUUCAGCCUUGAAGAAAAGUCCAAAGUCUCCAGAAAACGAGUUCAUUACAUGAAAUUCACAAAAGGAAAGGACCUGUCAUCUCGGAGCAAAACAGAUCUUGACUGCGUUUUUGGGAAAAGGCAGAGCAAGAAGACUUCUAAGGGUGAGUGCAGCCCCGCCACUGAGAACAGAAGUGAGACCUCCACCACAACCACCAGCACCUUCACCAUCCAGGAGUACUUCGCCCAGCGGAUGGCCCAGCUCAGGAGCAAGCCACAGCAUCCCGCCCUUGAGCCUGGCCUCUCAGAGAUCCAUGUGGGAUGGAAAGGGGGAAAGAAGAAAAAAGGAGAGGCAGCAGAUCAGGACGUGGAGAAUUACCUCCACACCAAGGCCAGGCAGCCUAAAAAGACAAGGCGGGGAAAAGAGGAGAGCCAGGGAUGUAUGGCCAAGAAGAGAGCCCAGGCCCAGUGGCAGCCUGCAGAUCCCCAUGGGGAUGAGGCCACUGAGGACUGCGUCCAGGCCUCUGGUGACCAGGAGUGUGCCCCGAAGCCCAGAAAGAACAGAGCAAAGACAAAGCUGCCACGGCCAGUAGAGGUAGCUGUCGAGGCUGCACCAGGUGAAGCCCCUGUUAAAAAGAAGAAGAAGAAGAAGAAGAAGAAAGCUUUCACAUGAGGUCUCUCCAGCCAGGACCUCCGGCCACUAGGCUGUCAGUGCUGCCCAGCAGACUCUGGCUAAGUCAGAGCAGAGUCAACCCAUGGAGCUGGGCAUAGCCUGAGUGUGCCGGCAGGUGCCAUAGCUGCCUUCAUGCCUAUCCUCCGGAUCUUGGCUCACAUAACAAAUAAAUCCUUUUAAACU